GAUGCGCCGGGCGAGGCAAAACUUCUCUAUUGGCAGCCAAGAUUUUUUACGAGACUUUAUUUUAUAGCGGACACUCGACUCCGCCAACUUCUUAAGCGACUCUCUAAAUUGGAUAGUUCGAUCGCUUAAGCCCGCGUCGCGCAUUUUACGAAGACGGUCUCGUUUUUACUUUUUUUUCCUUUAUUUUUACGCUCGCUAUCAGGCCACUUAUGCAUACACUAUUCUCUCAAGCUGCAGUUUAAAGCUGGGUUUUUAUUUUGUCGCCGUCAAUCGUAAUCAUCAAUCGUUGAGUGCAGUCCGAGAGCAAAGGUCCGCUAUUUUUUUUUUACUCGAGCUGUCGGAGCAUAGAGUGUUUGCUCUUUGAGCAAUUCCUUUGCGCGCGUGCGCGUGUAUAUCAUUAGAGCGAGAGACCGAUAUCCACGCUGAAAAAGAAUGCGACUUACAUAUCGAUUGGCGCGGCCUGUCGAUCAUUUAAUCGACGGAAAAUUCAGAGCCGAGUAUUAUUCGCCCGCGUGUCGAAUUUCAUAGUGCAUUUCCAUGUUUUGCCCGAAAUGGUUAUUUGAAUUUGAAAUCGUUUUGAUUUGAAAAUAAAAGUUUCGGAUUUGUCCGUUCAACAUUGAAUAUCUAAUUCGUAAUUUAACCAAUAUAAGGUCCGUAUCCGCAAUGUUUUUUACAGCGAGAUUCCGUAUAAUACCAAGCAAAAUUUCGUAUAAAAUCAAAUAGUUUUCCAUAAAAUAAAAGAUAACGAUUUCGUAACGAUCACGUAGCCGGGUAGCGAUUCUAUUGCCUCGCACGCAUACACUUUGACUCAAGUGGUAUAGGUGGCGGCACCUGCGCGCCGCCAUAGUUAUUAAAGGGGUAGCGCAUAUACCGGUUGGUGUACGGACAUUGCAAAAGUGUCGUAAAAAAAAUAUCGCGUUGUAGGCGAAAUUUCCGGUCUGACCCUCGUGCUGCAAGCUCGGCUCUUCGAACAUUCAAAUCUCUACCUCUUUCUCGCGCGCUCUCUCUCUCUCUCGCUCUCUCUCUCUCUCUCUCUCUCUACGUUCAACGAUAAUUCGUAAGUUUAUCGGUUGCAAUGGCGGAAAAUAUCUUCGCGAUUAAACGAGGUUGGACUCCCUUUGCCGAUGCCUCUUGGAGAAACAUCGAGAGCAGUUUCGAAGUACAGCAGCAGAAAACGCCCCCAGGGAAAGUCGUGGAGCCUUCGGUGCCGGCGGCUCCGCGGAAGUUGCAGCAAGCAUCGGCGCAGAUCCGGCGAGAAGGCCUGAAACCGCGUCGUUUGAUCCACGACUUAUCGUCCCCCGACAGUGGCAUCGACGCCGACAAGGAGAACCAGCCGCCAGCAGAAGCGGCGGCGGCGGCGGCGGCGGCGCCGAUUCAGGAAUCUGAAAACACAAUACCAAACUCACAAGUAAAAAUCAUCAGACCGGGAAGUUUACGAGAUCGAAUUAGUCGUUGGAUCGAAAUACACUUUAGCUCACAGCAGUCGACCAUUUCUCAAACAAAUUAUCAGAUAAUGAAAAAGUAGGAUGAUAGUACGCAAGGGAGAACAUCAUCUAAGCAACGUUUACUCAAUCAAUCAGCGGUGACAAAUGACGUUGGUCGGCAUCGAAUGGCCUCUUCAAAAUGCAAACGGAGCAUGUGCACCGGCUGAUUAAUUAACUUGUGUCGCAAUCGAUUAGAUGUAUCGUGUCCGCGACACAGGACACAAUAUUCCCUCGCGCGCGUGCGCAAGGAGACUGUCGAUUUAUUAAAAUUCAAAUCGAAUUGUUCGCCUGUAUGCGCUCGAUAAUCUUCAAAAGCGUCUAGGUGCAAGUAGCAGUAGCAGCAGUAGCAGUAACAGAGCAGAGCAGAGCAGUUCUCUCUCCCUCUCUCUCUUUCUCUCUCUCUCUCUCUCUCUCUCUCUCUCUCGUCGUACAUAUCGACCACUCGUCUCUACGCGCAUGCGGCUGGCUGCUUCUUUCAAAGCGAUUCUGCUCUCUCGCGCGCGCCCGCCGAGCUUAU